AUGGUGAAAGCCGCAGUUAUACACCAACCGGGCCCCCCCAGCGUUCUCAAGUACGAGGACAUCAAGGAGAGGCACCCCCUGGGCGGAAGCGAGGUGCGCGUGCGGCAUGCAGCGAGUGGGGUCAACUUCGUGGACUGCUACAUUCGGCGCGGGGAGGGGGGGUACAAGCCGGAGAAGUACCCCCACAUUCUGGGCUUCGAGGGGGCGGGCCCCAUCACAGGCUUAGGCGAAGACGUGUCCAAGGAGGACUACGAAGUGGGCGACCACGUCACGUACCUGACCCGCGAGCAGGGCGCCUACUCGGAGGAGCGCAACGUGGGCACCGACCGGUGCAUCAACCUGAGCCGCUUCUACCCGAACACCGAGAUCAACGGCGUGGACGACGAAACGGCAGCCGCGGGGCUGCUCAAGGGGAUGACCGUCUACAUGCUGCUGUAUCACGCGGCGCUGCUGUCCGUCCAGGUACCCGGUGAAGGCGGGCCAGUGGGUCGUGGUCCAGGGGUCGUGGUCCACGCGGCCGCGGGCGGCGUCGGGUCGCUGCUCACCCAGUGGGCCAAGCGCCUGGGCGCGCACGUCAUCGUGACCGUCGGAUCCGACGAGAAGGCCGCGCGCGCGCGCGAGAACGGCUGCGACCACGUGAUCGUGUACACGCGCGAGGACGUCGCGGAGGGCGUCAAGCAGGCGACCAAGGGGCACAUGGCUGACGUCGUGUAUGACGCGGUGGGCAAGGCCACCGUCAAGGCGUCCCUCGAGAGCCUCCACGACAACGGACACCUGGUUCUUUUCGGUUCCGCUUCCGGCCCGCCCGACCCGGAAGACCUGCGGCAGGAGUACUUGAACCGCCGUCACAUUUCGGUGCAUCAGGCGGCCCUCUUCAACUACAUCAAAACACGCGAGGAGUACGUCGAGUUCGCGCAGGCGGCCUUGAAUGAGCUGGGCAGCGGCCGCGUUCGCAUCCCCGAGAUCACCCGGUUCCCGCUCGCGGAUGCGGCCGGGGCGCACGCGUACCUCGAGGGCCGCCACAACAAGGGCUCCGUCAUCCUGGUGCCGUGA